AUGUCUUCAGCAUUUGUUGAACUUCUUCAAAAAUCAAAUCUUGAUUAUAUUAUCACACGAAAAACUUUCAAAAUUGCUUCACAUAAUGAUGAUAUUAUAUUUGCUUCAUUCGUUGAUAUGAAAACAAAUACAUUACAAUUAGUUGCAUGCUUGGAUAAAUUAGGGUCUGUUACACUAUGGUCAACAACAUUAGAUGAACGUGCAUUUCAAUUAAAUGCACGUCUUUUAGAUUUAACCGAACUUGGUGAAACUAUGACUUUUCUUGCUGAGCGUUUAAACGAAUCUGACUUUACUCUUGUCAAAGCUGCAUCAACAAAAAUUGUUGGCGAACAUAAUGUUUCACAAAUCAAUGCAACAUUUAUACAUUCUAAAACUAAACAAUCAAUAACUCUUCAACUAUAUGAAAAUAUGAAUGAUGCCGAAAAAGCUGCAUUUCUAAGUCGACUUUUUUUACAUGCUUAUAAACGCAAUGAACAAUUAUCGACCGACAUUAAAACACAACAAUUACGUAUCAAAGAAUUAUCAACUAAAAACGAGCGUGAACAAUCACGUUCAACUGGUACUGGUGGAGUUUUUGAUAGUAAUCAAUUAUUUAAUUCAAAUAAUCAAAAGAUUGAUUUGAUAAAAUCUCAAGAACGUACAAAAAUGAGUUUAAUUAAUCCAACUGCAAAACGACGUAAAAAAGCGACUGGUAUUAGUUACGGUGAUGAUGAUGACAGUGAUUAG